CCGAUUGUGGAUUUGUAGGAUAGCCCUCCAUCACUUUCUCUCUCUAUCAUUUCCCCUCUCUCGUUGUCGCUGCCGAAACAAACCUGUGAGCUGUGACAAAACCCCAACAAAUUACAGGCUUGUACGCGACGGAUCUUCUCAGAACUCUGCGGCGUUGCUUAUCCUGAAUUGAUAGGCCAAAGUUGGAACUUGCAAAAUGUCAAAUGGCGAAGUUAGAAAAGUCUCUCUACAGGACAUACAAUUGGUUCAGAACCUUAUCGAAAGAUGCCUUCAGCUUUACAUGAGCGAGAGGGAAGUCGUGAAUACAUUGUUACACCAGGCAAAGAUUGAGCCCGGCUUCACUGAACUUGUGUGGCAAAAACUCGAAGCAGAAAACCAGGAAUUCUUCCGGGCGUAUCAUCUGAUGCUGAUUGUGAAGGACCAGAUAUUAAGAUUCAAUCAGUUGCUCGAGAAACAGGUUGAACUAAUGCGUCAAGUAUGCCAGACCGGAGUCGCUUCCAUGUCUUUGUCGAAUGGAUCUCAGAUGCAUUCAAUGCACAACAACUCGACUUAUCAGGUUCAACAGCCAACCGGGCCACCUAUAAAGCCAGAAAACAUUCACCAAACCAUUACAUUACCUAAUGUCUACAUUAACGGCAAGUCUGCCCUGCAACCUAGUAUGCAAGUUCCAGUUAACAUGUCAGAACACACUGGCCGGAUGGACGUGCCGGAAAACAUGCUAUUAGCUCAGAAUUCCAGUUCCGGAAUCGUGCAAGGAAUGAACGGUGUGAUGAUCAAAUCAGAGGGCGGCUUUGCAGGUGACUCUCACUUUAUGUUUGGCGCGGACAACAAUCUCAUUGAACCUCGCAACGCCAUUGGAGAAGCUUCCGCUUCACAUUUCACUAGUGGUGAGCCGAACGAGUCCAUGAUGGACCAGGAGACGAGCUCAUUUGGAUUCUUGGGGCAGAUACCGCGGAACUUCAGCCUUUCAGACUUGACAGCCGAUUUUUCCAAUAGCACGGAUAUACUUGAGAGCUACUCACGAUCACCCUUUCUGGGCACAGAAGCGAGCUUCUUGGACCCUCAAAUCAGAGGCGAACUACAAGAUGUUAGGAGACUGGACACCAUAUCAGAGGGGUUGAGUUAUGACGACUUUGCCAGUGACUGAACCUCUCGAAUUAACUAGCAAAUUGGUACGAGCAUGAACGAGUCUCAUCUGUGCAAAAUCGCAAUAAAGUCGCUCCAGGGCGAGGUGCUUAUUCGGAUACAAGUUUUUGUAAAUACAUUAUAAAAUUAGAGAAGCUUGAUAAUUGCUGACUAAUUAGAGGUAUUGUUAGGUAUAAUUGUAGUCUUUCAUGCUGUUCUAGCCCUAGCCCCAAGGUUUGGGACAUGCUGUGUGUGUGUUUCUAGAUAUCAAAAUCAUGUAAAAAACUUAUGUCAACUGUAAUUAUUUGCAUAUCUGCAAUUAGAUGAACUUGGAGUGGAUAAA